CUCCGUCUGUUUGUUUUGACGACUGGAUCACCAUAGACCCUUUGAAACCCCAUUCUAUAAAAGGCAGCUCUCAGCCCUUGUCCUAUGCAGUGAGUUUUAGUUUGGAUUUGAUUGCAAAUAGGAACGUACUUAUAACAUCAAGAUGGAUUUGAGGAUGUUUGCCGCUUGUUUGAUAAUGACUGUCUUUUUAAGCAAGCAUUCUGAUGCAGCAACGAUCACGGCAUGGACUUUUACUGAUGCUGCCGGUACCGGUGCCGCAGAUACUGGCACUGCUCCCAUGGGAGUAACGACAGUUUCAAUUGCUGAAUCUACAGCUGUAGGUGGAACCUUGUUUACCGCCUUGGCGACGCCGAAUACAGCCACGUAUGCGUUCGACACAACUGACGGAAAUCCCAGUGACAUUGCAACCGCCACGAUCUCAGCCGCCGGCGUAGUUACGCUUGCUAGCUCUUUUGACUUUGAAACAACUCCAUCAUACGUAUUCAAGAUCGUUGCUACCGAUGGCGGUGACACAGGAACUGCCACUGUCACCUUGAGUAUCACGGACUCCGUUCAGUUGACAAAGACAGCCUUUUGUCUAUCCUCUUCUUCGGUGGCAGCAGGUACCAGCGUAGGGACCAUUACGACGGACGAGACUGCCGUAACGUUCGGUGCACCCCUUACCGCGGACUUUGCUUCGUUCACAGUUUCUACCUACCACGACUGGGGCCAUCACCGUAGCAACUGGUGUGACUCUAUCCUCUGCCAAACAAGUAUAUUACACCUUCACCAUGACAGCAACUACAACGACAAGCGGUGUAGGCGCCAGCGGAACUCAAAACAUCUAUGUACUGGUCAACUGUGAUAGUGAUUCUUCUGGAGCCGGACAAGUUGCAGCCCUCUUCAGCAUGUUGCUUUUAUCCAUUGCCACUGCCUUGCUUUAUUAAUUGAACAAUAUGCACACAAGCAGUAAGAUAAUAACAUACUCUUUGUUGAUUAAUGAUACAGGUUCAAACAAUAUAAUUUAAAAUAGAUUUAUCUGACAAAACUUGACCCUUCUACUUUUACUAAGCCUUUUUGAAACUAUUCGUGUGUAGCCACAUUGUUUGUGAUACAUGGCUUUGUCGCCGUGGACACCGAUGGCGGUUAGGUUUUAUCUUGUGUGUUUUAAUCCAUUUCUGGAAUGAAUAUGAAAUGGUAAUGAUGUAUGUGCUUUUUGAAUGUUUUGGUGUUUUUUUUCCGAGGGAAGUGCGUAUUCCUCAAAGCAUUUUAUCAUGAUAUAUAGCGGUUUUGCGAUAUAAUAUAGAAUGGCAUGUGUUAACACCAUUUACAUGCAUACAUGAAAACUUUGCUUCGUUAGUUUAUGUCAUCUGAAGACUAAAUUUCUAACAAUACAUCUGUUCAAUGUCAUUGUUAUUUUUGUAAAACUCUAUGGUGAUACAUUUUGUGUGAAGUAUCCUACAAAUUCAAAUGAAUGAGAUCAUUAAGAAAUUAAACUUAGACCUUUUGGUAGAUUCAAUGUAUCUAUACGUGAACAUGUCACUAAAUGUAACAUAGUCGUACUUUUACUGGCUGAUUCCAUUAAAAAUGCACUGAUAUGUCAUGUACUAUAGUUAUAAGUUUUAAUAAGGAAAUACGACUAUUUGAUAAUAUUUAUGGAAUCAACACGUACUUAAUUAUUUUAAUCAAAUCCAUUCCAGAAAAUGUCGAUAUUUGUUGUGUAAGUCUAUGUUCUUUCAAAGAUGAUAUUUCCAAAAUGAAAUUCCUUAGGGUAUUGAAAAUGAAUAUUCAUCAGUCUUCUUCACUCUAAGUUAUCGUUUCUGCUACAAACGAACAGUUAAACGAACAGAAAUAACAACUGAUCAAACAUAUAAUUCAAACGCAAAUAAGCCCCCUUUUGAAAGAUACAUAAUCAAGACCAAAUGUGUUUUAUUAGCUGAAAUAUGGCUUGUUUCAAAACUAUUACAGUUGAUUAAAUGUUGUUUGAAAUGUGAAAAGUAAAUUCGUGUUCGUUGAAUAAAAGUAUGAGUUUG